CGUAUUUCCAUCUAACAACAAUGUCGCAACUGAUAGGGCAACCGCUCCCCACCAUCUCGGGACUCCUAUUCGUCAAGGGCGAGCCUGUUCAGAUAUCGGCCAGUGCCCCUGAAGGUCACAAACGUGUUCUCGUUAUCGAGUUUUGGGCAACUUGGUGCGGACCUUGCCGUCAAGUCUUCCCACAUCUAUCCGAGCUUCAACGAAAGUAUCGCGACAAAGAUGUCUAUUUCAUCGGGAUCACAGAUGAGAAUGAUGAAAAUAAAAUUCGAUCUUUCGUCAAUUCGCAAGGGUCCAGUAUGGACUACACAGUUGCGAUAGAUGCACAGCAUGAUGCGCGCAAUAAGCUCUUUAUACCCUCUGGUGCCCGUGGUAUCCCUCAUGUCUUUCUCGUUGAUACCAACGGACGCAUUGCUUGGGCAGGUCACCCCGCGGACCCUGAAUUCGAGAGUAAACUGGCAGCCUUGGCUCAACAGGCUACAUCCCGCAACAUGCCCAAGCAACGCGCACUGCCUCUUGUCAAGGAAAGUUAUGAAGAUCUCAUGGGACACUCUGUGAAAGAUCUCAAAAACAUUCUGCAAGAACGGGGGUUACGGUCGGACGAUUGUUUCGAGAAAGCCGACUUGGCGCGGAAAAUUGCGGAGCAAUGCUCCAGAACGACCUACUACACGACUGAAGCUUGAGGGUUGCAAGGAUACCCUGUGUCCAUUUGCGGCACACCGGUGAGGGAUGCAGGACAACGGCGUUAGGCGAGCAAAUUGUUUGCUUCAGCAUAUCUUCAUACUUGUUCAUAUAUUCUUCGGGGCGGUAACAUCAUCAUUAUGGAUAUACAGCGGUGUAUGCGUUCAAUGAGCGAGUAAGGGCGUACCGUUGAGAACACAUGACGCGAUAUGAAAUGCCGUCUCGUGCAUUUCUCAUGUCAAUCACUAUUAUGAUAAUUUACCCUUCAAAAUGGUGUAUGCCUACUUGCAUCUAUAAGCUAUCCAGGCAUCAUCUGCAGUGCAUCAUGUUACCGUUCUUUGAUGUGGUUUCAAUUCCAAUAAUUAUAGAACUUG